GACAGAUACUUUACAAUUAAAUUGUAAACAUAAACAAAAAUUUUUGUUCAAAUAAUUAAUUUAUUAUUAUCGCUUUAUGUUUAUUUAUGGGACAUGGACUUAAAAGAUUUAUUAAAGCAGAAAAUCAAAAAAUUAGACGCCAAACAUCCAAUUUCGCCAGAAACGUCUCUUGAAAUAGAGGAUGAUCAUUUUCAAAAAUUGCUUAAAGAAUGGGGAAAAUCUACUUCAGAGCCAAAGAAUGGCAUUCCAAGGUUUUAUAAACGGAUACCAAAUGAAAGCGAGCCUUUGAGGCAUGCGUUUAGGCAAGAGAGCAGAUCUGAUCUGCUUAAAAGGAAAAGUCUUCAUAUUGUGGAUAAAAGUGAAAUCAAAAACUUUUGGGGUUUAUUGGAAACUUAUCAGACAUCUCCAGAUGAGCAGCUGAUUUGUUAUACAGAUUUCCAAAAAGCUAUAGACAUAGCAGGACCAAAAGUCAAACACUACCUCAAGCCCAGUGUUUUUGCCAAACUGCAACAGGGCGAUCCUCAAGGUCGAGUAUCAAUUAUUUCAUUGUUCAAUUACAUCAUGAGAAAGAUGUGGCUGGAUCAUACGAGAGUAGGAUUAUCUGUCUAUGACAGUAAUGGACAAGGAUAUUUAACAGAAACAGAACUGGAAAAUUAUAUAAAUGAUUUGUUGCCUGGCCUGUGCCAGUUGGACGGCUUAGAGAAAUCCUUUCACAGUUUCUAUUUAUGCACUGCUGUAAGGAAAUUUUUGUUUUUCUUGGAUGGAGCAAGAACUAAUAGGAUAAGGAUUCUGGAUAUAUUGGCCAGCACCUUUCUAGAUGAUUUAUUAGAGUUAAGAGAUGAAGAACUUAGUAAAGAGAUGCAAGAACAAAACUGGUUCAGUGCUCCAUCUGCUUUAAGGAUUUAUGGGCAUUAUUUGAACUUAGACAGAAAUCACAACGGAAUGUUAAGCAAAACAGAACUUGCCAGUUAUGGUUCUGGCACAUUAACAAAACCAUUUCUAGAUAGGGUUUUUCAGACAUGUCUCACCUAUGGUGGCGAAAUGGAUUAUAAAACGUAUUUAGAUUUAGUUUUGGCUCUGGAAAACCGUUCGGAACCGCAAGCCUUGGCGUUUUUGUUUAAAAUCUUGGAUAUAAAAGAGUGUGGAUAUUUAGAUGCCUUCACCUUAAGUUAUUUUUUUAGAGCAAUUCAGGAGCAAAUGAAAGCUCACGGUUCAGAUCAGCCAGUCUCCUUUAAUGACGUGAAAGAUGAACUUUUCGAUAUGGUCAGGCCAAAAGAUCCGGAAAAAAUCACCUUGCAAGAUUUAAUUAAUUGUGGACAGGGAGAUACUUUCGUUACGAUUUUAAUCGAAUUCCACGGUUUUUGGGCUUAUGAAAAUAGGGAAGCCGUCUCAUCUGAACCACAAGAAGGCUUAUGAUCGAACGAUUCAAAUUUCUUAAAACGCCACGUAAAAAAGGCUAUAUAGUGAUUUUAUACAUAAUUUGAUAAGGACGGGUGCCAUUUACUGUGUUUAUAAGUUGAAAUAAUAACAUGCUUUUUUAUAUAAACA